UAUAUAUCAACGCCUCCGCCACCACGCCUCCGCAGAACAUCCGUCCACAGCACUCUCGAUCUCGAACUCUCUACCUGUUGAUCCGUGUUGACCAUGCCGAACCCGAAGGUCUUCUUCGACAUGACGAUCGGCGGGGCGGCCGCCGGGCGGGUCGUGAUGGAGCUGUAUGCGGACACGACCCCACGCACCGCGGAGAACUUCCGGGCGCUCUGCACCGGCGAGAAGGGGGUCGGGAGGAGCAAGAAGCCGCUCCACUACAAGGGCUCCAAGUUCCACCGGGUCAUACCUAGCUUCAUGUGCCAGGGAGGUGACUUCACGGCCGGGAAUGGGACCGGAGGGGAGUCCAUAUACGGAGUGAAGUUUGCAGAUGAGAACUUCAUAAAGAAGCACACGGGGCCGGGGAUCUUGUCCAUGGCCAACGCAGGGCCAGGGACGAACGGGUCCCAAUUCUUCAUAUGCACUACGAAGACGGAGUGGCUCGACGGGAAGCACGUGGUGUUUGGGAAGGUGGUGGAGGGAAUGGAAGUGGUCAAGGCCAUCGAGAAGGUUGGGUCCUCUUCCGGUCGCACAUCCAAGCCCGUCGUGGUUGCUGAUUGCGGCCAGCUUCCUUGAGCCAUAAUAAUAGAGAUCUCUCUCUCACACACAAUGGCUUCUUCAUAUAAUAAAAAGUGUCACCUAUGAAGUGUUCAAUGUUGUCGAUCUUUUGUAUGUGCUCGUUUGAGGUUUGAUUACUUCUUGGUCGUGCACUCCUGAAAAGAAGAGAAGAUCUCACCCGUUUUUCGUUUUCAAUGGGAUAAUCUCGUAUUACUUGGCUGAAAAUAAGGUGAAACAUUUACUUGCCUUGCAAGAGGGAAACUUUUGACAAGGUUUGGAACAUAAAUUGUUGAAUACGAUGUAUUAUAAUGUUGGUGUCUUGGUGAAAUACAGAAUUAUGCUUGCGUGGAA